AACAAUAAUCAUAUAAUCUGUGGUAUUGCUUAUAACCGUUGUCCGUUACGGCUUUAGUGCUUUAGCUAAACUUUAGCUUAAGCCGGGACUAAACAUGCAUAUAACUAAGAGAUUAUCUUGCCGCAAUAUUUCUAGUUCGGAGACUCAAAAAUAUUAUUGAUAAGGCCCAUCGUUUCGACGAGGGGAUCGUAUCAUUUCCAUGGACAUAAACAUGUUAUAUGUCUAUGAUAUGACCAUUUCGUAUUCUGUGCUGUGGCCUGUGACCUGUAUAAUAUCUUAAUUGGUUCUUUGAUUAAAGAAUAGGGCUACUGACUAUAUACUGCCUAUUAGCCACCGUGUUCCAAGCUAACUUCAAUUGUUAAAACUCAUUACGGUAAAUAGCUUGAAUUUUCAUUUUAUCAAUAAUAUUGGACACCGGCUUUAAAUUUAAAAAAAAAUCUAUUUAUUUCACAGUUCACUGUAUUUUAUUCUUUGUUCACUCUGUACUUUGUAUUUUGUUCAUUCUUCAUAUUUCAUAAUAAUAUUAUAUAGUGCCAAGUAGAGCAAAUUUGUUGUUGAACUAAUUUGAUAACUUUAUGAAUACUUUAAAGUUCAAUAAUUUAAUCAACCAAUUGAAAACAAUAAGUAGUUUAAAUUUUAGAAGAAAAAUGAGCACUGAAAUAAAUCCAACGAUGAACAAUGAACACAAUAUUGUAUGGUUUGAUGAUGACUGGAUUAGACUGUAAUCACCAUACCUUGAUCGAAGCAGCUAUUAUUAUAACCGAUAAAAAUUUAAAAGUUUUAGCUGAGAGUCCAAAUAUUAUAAUACAUCAAUCAGAUAAAGUAUUAGAAAACAUGGAAGAAUGGUCCAAAAAGCAUCAUGGAAUUAGUGGCUUGACAGAAAAUGUUAGGAAGAGUAAUAUAUCAAUCGAACAAGCUGAUCAAAUGUUAUACGAGUUUAUCAAGCCAUUUGCUCCUAAAGGUGUUUGUCCGUUAGCUGGUAAUUCUAUUCACAUGGAUAGAACUUUUAUUAGAAAAUAUAUGCCAAAACUUGAAAGUCAUUUAAGUUAUAGAUUAAUAGACGUGUCUACUCUUAAAGAGUUGCUUAAACGUUGGAAACCCGAAUUAGCUAAUGAAGUUCCAAUCAAAUCAGGUAAGCACAGAGCUCUUGAUGACAUUAAAGAAAGCGUUCAAGAACUCCAAUUUUACAAAAGCUACUUAAAUUUAUAAUUUAUAAUGAAAAAAUAUUAAAUUCUGUAUAUCCAUUCAACAAGACAUUACCUACAUAGAUUUGCAACAAAACAAGCAUCAAAUUAUGCUAGAAAAAAAAAAUAAUGUUACAAGUGCAUUGUAAUUUCACCCUUCAUUAUAAUUAUGUAAAAUUGCCAUUUCUCCUCCUGCAUUAUAAAAAUAUUUACAAGGCAGAAUGCAUAAUUUAUAUUGGUACUUUUCAGGUAUUGCGACUACCCACCAUAGUAGGUAUACAUGUAGACUUGGAUGCACCACUCUCUCACUCGGGCAAUCUAAAUCGAAAACAUCAAUUUACUGAUAUUAAACCACUUCGGUCCUUUAUUAGGUCUCAGAGUAAUCCAAUUUAACAUAUUAACCUUACCUCAAGAACUACCCAAGGUGGUUUUACAUAUAAAGUUGAGGGAUAUUUUUCACUUAAAUUGUCUGAGCGUGUGCUGCAAACAAAUGACCACACUGCGCGCGGAUAUAAUAUGUGCUUUUAAAAAUUUUUUUUUUACUCAAGACUACCCUAGGUGCUAGAUGGUGUUACAUAUCAAAUCGAGAAAUAUUUUUUAUUUAUAUUUUCAGAGCGAGUGAGUGGCCCCGCCGUGUCUUGAGUAUAUUAUGUACUAUGGUUGCUAGUCCCGAUAACUGAAAAUUAACUUAAUAAAAAAUAUUAUAAAAAAACUGCUCACCACAUAAAUUACCAAUUAGACACAGUUUACCUAUUCAGUACAAUGAAUAUUGUUAUUUGUAGGAGAAUAAUUAGUUAUAAACAGAUGCUGCCACAUUAUUGUCCUUGUUUAUUCUCUGACUGAUGUUGUAAUGAAAAAUAUUGUUGUUCAGGCAUGUUUAUAAAUGUUAUACCUACACUUGUAUACCUUAUGCCCCGUCCAGACAAAAGAAAAAUUUGUCAGAGAAAUGUAUCAUUAUCGAUGUUUCCGAUUUCCUGUCAUAAGCAGUAACGUAAAUAUUUGUUGAUGAUAAUGUCAGAAACAUAUAUUACUGAUCAAUCUUUCUUGGUCUGGACCGUGCUUUGUAAACAGUUACACUAUUAAAAUACUAUAUUAGUAUUAUAGUACCGAUUUUAUUCUUUCUUUUCCAAUAUUAGUAUAAUCUACUUUCAACCUCCAUAAAAUAUAUUCAAUAAUAUAAUAUUUAUAAUAAAAUAACCAUAGCUCACUACUCAAUAUUUUUCAUCUACAAGGUAAAUCUAUGAAUUAUCAAUAUUUUUUUGUUAACAAUUAACCAUGAUAAUGUAACCCUUACGAAAAAUUGGUCAGAAACAAAAAACACUGUGUGUCUAGCCCAUAAACAAUAUUUAUAUUAAAAAAACUAUCACGAUUGUAUCAUAAAGAAAUAAAUAAGAAACAAAAUGAUUUUUAACAUUAUUAUUUUUGUAAUGAUUUAAAAAAUAUGAUACAUAUUAAAUACAUGCCAGUAUAAUGUAACUUUAUUACUCAUAUUACUUGUUAUUCUAUCUGGCAAAUAGAUAAUGAGAUAACUACAAUAUUAUAACAUAAACUGUGUAAUACAUCAAUUUGAAUAAACAUGUUUUAUUUUAAA